UAAUCGCUCGCUAACUCUGCUGUGCAACAGACCGGCAAGCGCGUAAACAAACCCGAGUUCAGUACAAAAUCGCCCAUUUGUACUUUGUACAUCUUUUAUUUUCGUAAUAACGGAUUGCCCGCUACCCGCGAAAAUAAAAAGAAAACCCACAACAACAGCUCACGACGAUCUUGAGGUCGCUGGUGGAAUUUUUUGUUGUGAAGUGAACCAAGAAAUAAUUCAUAUAUAUUUUAUGUCCCACUGCGGCCGCUUGGUCCACUAUCAACUUUUACUUGUAACUGUGUUUUUGUUAGGAUUGACUCAGCGGUUUUUCUUUCUCUCGAUUGACCGCUUAAGCGUUUAAUUGACCAUACCGUUUAGUGCUUACACCACUCCGCUAACUUCCAAUUCGUUUGCUUCAGUGUUUGGUGUUGAUGGACGGAUGGUUGGCCAUUGGCAUUGAUAUGGGAAAAUAAUAAUUACACAAGCAAGCAGAAGCAAAUGACUGGCUGAUACAAUCACUAGUGAAUGUUGUAAUCUUCAGUUGUAAAAUCGCAUCAAAAAGUAGAGAAACCCGUAGAAAAAAUAAGCCAAAAAAAAGAAAUAAAAAAAACAACACAAAAAACUUCGCGGGUUACCAUAACCAAUCGAUCGAUAGCAUCGAGUGAUUGACCUUAACAAAGCAACGUAACAUCGGUAGUACAGUGUGUAUUUGUAGUGGUGUGUUAGUGUGCGUGUGCACGGUAGAUCACCUCCAAGUGGAAGCUGUAAUUUCUCAGACGAUCUGUGAUCUGUUAGAGGGAAUUGUGGAAAUCACACAAGAAAGAGAAAACCACAAAAACAUCAACAUCAAGUCUAUUUCAAAGUCAACAAUUAAACGUAUCUGCCGCCAGCAUCAGUCCGACCAAAAUGUCUUCCAAUGAAAAUACUGUGGAAGUUGUCGAGCAUGGGCAACAACCACCAACACAGAUAAACGGAGGAGGCAGCAGUGGAAUCGAUAAUAAAAAUUCUUCAUCAGUUGUUAUCGAUAUUGAUGCGAAACGUAACGGCAUUGCCGACAAUGACAACACCACAAAAGAUGCUGAUACUUACGAUCGAGGCUCUUCAGUCUUCCUUCGCGUUGUGUGCUGGACGGUUUGUCUCGGUAUUAUUUUAACAGCAAUCGUGCUUAUCUGGUACUACAUGGGUUGGACAUUUGGACUACCUGCCCUCUUCGUCGCCUUAUUGGUGAUACUUCUAACUAAACCCGGGUGGCGAUGGUUUUACAUAGCCGGUGCAACAGCCAAACGAGAUUUUACUGCUGUUUUCGCUUAUAUUAAAUUAUUGACUCUCAUUAAAAAGUAUGAGAAGAAAAAUAUGACAAUUGCCGAUAUAUUCCAUAUGAAUGUAUCGAAAUUUCCCGACAAGACUGUCAUUGUGAGCGAGACCCAAUCGUGGACUUACCGUCAACUCAAUGAAUUUUCCAAUCGUAUUGCAAAUGUAUUCCACAGCCAUGGCUACAAAAAGGGCGAUGUGGUGGCCUUACUUUUGGAAAACCGUGCUGAGUUUGUGGGAACAUGGCUAGGUUUGUCCAAGAUCGGUGUCAUUACACCAUUGAUCAAUACAAAUUUACGAGGCCCAUCCCUAUUGCACAGCAUAACUGUGGCCAAAUGUAAUGCGUUCAUCUAUGGUGAGGGUUUUACGGAAGCCGUUGAGUUUAUUUUGAAAGACCUACCCUCAAAUGUGGCUCUAUAUCAAUUCAAUAACGCACCUAACACACCAGUCAGUGGAAAUGCCAAGGACUUAACAACUUUGUUAGAAACGGCCGCUAAAGACAAACUACCAGCCUCAGCUGAACGUCCCUCGCAUCACGAUAAACUGGUGUAUAUCUACACAUCGGGUACAACUGGUUUACCCAAAGCUGCUGUCAUCUCCCAUUCACGAUAUUUGUUUAUUGCUGCCGGCAUCCACUUUACGUUGCGUUUCCAGCAAAAGGAUAUAUUCUACACACCAUUGCCUUUGUAUCACACUGCUGGUGGUAUUAUGAGUAUGGGUCAAGGCUUAUUAUUUGGGUCAACUGUUGCCAUACGUAAAAAGUUUUCAGCUUCCGGUUACUUUGCUGACUGUGUUAAAUUCAAUGCUACUGUUGCCCACUAUAUUGGUGAGAUGGCUCGUUAUAUUCUGGCUACUCCACCAUCGGAAAAUGAUCGCAAACAUCGUGUCCGCCUAGUGUUCGGCAACGGAUUACGACCACAGAUUUGGCCACAAUUCGUUGAACGUUUCAAUAUACCCAAUGUCGGCGAAUUCUACGGCGCCACCGAAGGCAAUGCCAAUAUUAUGAAUAAUGACAACACAGUGGGCGCCAUUGGCUUUGUGUCUCGCAUUCUUCCCAAAAUCUAUCCCAUCUCAAUUAUUCGUGCUGAUCCUGAUACAGGUGAACCAAUUAGAGGACCCGAUGGACUAUGUCAGUUGUGCAAGCCAAAUGAACCUGGCGUAUUCAUUGGAAAGAUCAUUAAAGGCAAUCCAUCAAGAGAAUUUUUGGGCUAUGUAGAUGAGAAGGCCUCUGCGAAAAAGGUUGUACGCGAUGUUUUCAAGAAGGGCGAUAUGGCAUUUAUAUCGGGUGAUCUUCUGGUGGCUGAUGAGAAAGGUUAUUUAUACUUCAAGGAUCGUACGGGCGACACCUUCCGCUGGAAGGGUGAAAACGUCUCCACCAGCGAAGUCGAGGCCCAAGUCAGUAAUGUGGCAGGCUACAAAGAUACCGUUGUCUAUGGUGUUACCAUUCCCAAUACCGAAGGACGCGCUGGCAUGGCAGCUAUCUACGACCCAGAACGACAAGUUGACUUGGAUAAAUUCUCCGAUAACCUUGCCAAGGUUCUACCUACCUAUGCCAGACCACUCAUCCUUCGUUUCCUUACAAAAGUUGACUUAACAGGAACUUUCAAGCUGCGCAAAGUGGAUUUGCAAAAGGAAGGCUUCGAUCCGAACGUCAUCAGCGAUGCUCUCUUUUAUCAAACGGCCAAGGGCAAAUACGAGCCACUUACCAAAGACAUCUACGCCAAGAUCAACAACAACGAAAUGAGAUUCUAAACACAACACCUAGAGUUAAUUGCCUAAUCUAAAACAAUUCUAUUUUUAUUUUUUGUUGUUGUUAUUUAAUUGUUAGACGAAUUCGUUAAGGGAAAUGUUACACCACAGCGGUGCAACCUUUGCCUUUACUUCAGACCGGAAAUGGACUUUCUAUACUUGUUAAUUAUCUAAGCAGUGCGGGGAAGAGACUAUUACAUUUAGCUGUAUAUGAUUUAUUUAAAAUGUAAUGUAAACUAGUUUUAGAAACACACGUAUUAUAAGUUUAGCAUUUAUUUUGUUAACCCCUCCUACAUGUUAACAAAACCGAAGUGUUUAUGAAUGCCGUUUUUAUAUUCGAUUAUUGUUUUUUUUUUUAUUUUUAUUCCUGAAAUUUAUCAAACGUGAUAUUUGUAGUGUGCUAGUACUGCGACGAUGCUGGGUUGCAGUAUUAUGUUAUUGCCUGUAUCCUUAUUUCCUAAAUAAAACAAAAUACACAUAGACUUUUAAACCGA